AAAAAUUAAACAAAAAAAAAAUAAUAUGUGAACUUUAUAUAGAUUAUUAUUGCGAAAUUAAAAAAAAAAUAAAAUAAUAAUCAAUGUUUGUUCGUGAUAGAUGAUUAAAUCGGGAUUGCCACAAAAGUGAAAAACAAAAAAAAAUAAUUAUUUGGAACAAGUACCUGUGUUUUGGCAAAAAAAGGAUUAUUUUUGGACAAAAACUUGAUAAAAUAAAAAAAUAUUAAAAAAAGUUGAUUAUUAAAAAAAAUAAACUCAGUGAAAUUUGAAAAAAAAAUAAGGAACGAAUUUAACUGAGGGACAAGUGUUGUAAAAAAUAAUAAAAGUGGAGCAAGAUAAUCUUGUUAGCAAGUGGCUAAAUAAUACAUUCAAAAUUAAAUCUGAAGCGUUAGAUCUACGGUCGACCCCAACGGCUUCCCUAUCGCCAAUUCUCGCACAACAUCCCAGUUUUGCGGGAGGAAUGACCACAGACAUCCAGCAACAGGCCAACAAUCGAAGUUUAUUUAGUAAAAUGAAUACGGAUUUCUGGCAGCAAGCUCGCGGUCCCCCAUUGAUGCCGCAUUCCCUUAACCUGCUAAAUACCGCGCAACAGGCAUCUUCAACGUCCCCCAAUACGCCAACGCCGACAAAUCUCUCGGGCCCGCUUGGCACGACGCCCUCCACAACGGGCAGUGCCUCGUCGCCCGGCAAUCCCGCAGGCGGCGGAAGUCUCUUGUCGCCCACAAAUUUGCAUCAUCAUCUCGCUCUGAUGCAACAACAGCAGCAGCAACAACAAAAUGCGGGCGGCAUUCCGACAAGUCAGCAAAACGCAAAUUCCAUCCAAAAUGCUUUGAUGAAUCUCGCUACGGGAAAUUUGACCGGUGCUGGUAUCCCGAAUGUCAAUAACAAUAACGGAGGUUUGCCCGGAAACGCGGGAAAUAAUCCCGGAGGUUUGACGGGCGGCGGCAGCGGACUGGACCAGAAAUUCGAUCACUUGUCAAAUGUUGCCGCUGUGAGCCAGAACUUGCAAAUGGCACUCGCAGCGCAGCAGCAACAGCAGCAAAAUACGCAAAAUAAUGCACAAAAUGCGCCACAAACGCAACAACUCGCGAACAAUACGAACAAUAAUUUGAAUAAUCAACAAUCAAGUGUGAACAAUAAUAAUAAUCCGCCGCAACCACCGCAAUCCGCAACACCUGGCGGUAGCUCGACGCCCGACAUCAAAAUGAGUGCCGAAAAACUCGUCAAUGAAUUUCAGCAGUUAACCCGGUCGAAUAAUGCUUCAUCAAUUAAUGAGCGCACGUUAGAAGAAUGCUGGUCAACCCUGCAACGAAUAUUUAUGCACAAGAGCGCCAUGCAAAUGCAACAUGCUAGAGAUCUUCAACGAGGCGGCGUCGGACUAGGAGGUGCAAUGGGAGCCGAAGUCAAGCCACACCAGUGCAAUCAAUGUUUGAAGAGUUUUUCAAGCAAUCAUCAGUUAGUACAACACAUUCGCGUGCAUACAGGAGAAAAACCAUACAAAUGUUCGUACUGUGAUCGAAGAUUCAAACAACUGUCACAUGUACAGCAACACACGCGACUCCAUACCGGUGAACGCCCGUACAAAUGCCACUUACAGGAUUGCGGACGUGCAUUUAUCCAGUUGUCCAAUCUGCAGCAACACUUGCGGAAUCACGAUGCCCAAAUUGAGCGUGCCAAAAAUCGUCCGUUCCAUUGCAAUAUCUGCGGCAAAGGUUUCGCCACUGAGUCUAGUCUCAGAACGCACACAUCCAAGUGCAAUUCACAGAGCGGGGAACUACAGUUGCACCUUGGUGUGUUGCAGCAACAUGCAGCUUUAAUUGGAGGACCCAACGCAACGUCAUGCCCCAUCUGUCACAAACUCUUCUUAGGAGGCGAAGCGCUGAUGGAACACAUGAAGCAUACGCACAAGGACCCUAAUGCAUCGGGUGUAGCCAUUCCCAACCCUGUCUUAUCGCCAACCGACCAAUACUUAGCUAAGCGCCGCUCGGCGAACCAUCCCUGCCCGGUGUGCGGCAAGCAUUACGUGAACGAGGGAUCCUUGAGGAAGCAUUUGGCCUGCCAUCCGGAGACACAACAGUUGGCCAGCAGUCUAAGGAUGUGGCCCUGUUCUGUGUGUCAAGCAGUUUUCACUCAUGAAACAGGCCUCUUGACGCAUAUGGAGCAUAUGCGUAUGGACCCGAAGCAUCAGUUUGCGGCGCAAUAUGUGCUGUCGCGCGCCGCUGCGGAACGUCGAGACCGAGGUGGCCAAAAUUCGAUGUGUGCAUCCCCGUCGGCGCAAUCUGACACGUCAUCGAACAACGAGCGUCUUUCCUCCGCGGGAUCAGAGAUUGGGGGCGGAAAUGGCGGUUUGCUGAACAACAACAACAACAAUAACUGCAACAACAAACUUUCGGUGAACGAUGUGCUGCGAGCAACCAGCAACAAUGGGCAUUUGCACAAUCAGUACGGAGUCGAUGAGAUGCAUGCGAACCGGAUGGCGGUCAUGGCUGCCGCCGCAAACAUUGUGAAUCAGUCGCAAGCGGCGGCAAACUCGAAUGCCGUCAACGGACAACCGAAUCUGAACUCACCGACUCCCGAUUCGUCGGCAGCUGCCGUACAAGCCGCUGUCGUGAAUCUCGCUGCUGCGAUGCGAAUGAACCAAGUUGCCAACCAAAAUUUGAACAACGGCGGCAAUCAAGGCGGAAAUAAUGGUCCGAGUAGCACGACGCCGCCCAGCAACAAUGACGCCACAAAUGCCGCAGCCCAAGCCAUGCUCCGUGUUUCCAUGGCAGACACGAUGAUGUCGAUGAACCAUCAACCGCAUCACCAUCAGCACCAACAAAAUACCCCCGAAGCUGCCAUCCGGAUGCAACAACAAGCCGAAGCAAUUCUGCGAACGCAAGCGGAAGCCCUGCGACUCGUUUCGCAAGCAGCUGCUGUCGCUGCCUCGUCGAACAACGGCAACAAUGGCGUCAAUGCGCAUCACAAUGGCAACAAUUACCAACCGAACCCGUCGAACAAUCAGCAACAAGUGCAUCCGCAGAACCAAUCACACCCCAAUAACCAACAGCAAUCGCAGCCCACGCAAAAUCAACUCAACUCCCAGGUGUCGCCGGAGCUCAGUGAAGCCCUCCGUUUGCACGAACAACGUCUCGAGCAGGCACUCCGUUUGCAGGGCAGCGAUCCACGUGCCCUCGGAUUCUCGCUUGCGGGACAAACGGCGCAACACAAUCCAUGAGAUCAGUUCAACUACUUUUGAGCACCGCCCUACAAUAACGGCGCCGCCGCCGCCGCAUACGAUCCGCAGCAGCAGCAACCGUUAUUGCCCACGUCAAUUCCCGGAUCCGGGUGAGUGCCCAACGACAAACGUGUAAAUAACCAAUAUUAAUGUUAUGCAACUUAAUCAAGGCAAUUUAGAUUAUAUUUGAGAGCCUUUGUACAAAACAAGACGAAAUAUUUCGCAAAAACUCGCAAAUGUGUCAUCUUGUUUUCUAAAAAAGAACAUCAAAAAAUGUUAAAUAUUAAAAGAGGACGGAUUCAAGUGUUCCUAGACAGUAAAAAACAAACAAAAUUCAAUCCACAAAAUUAAAAAAAAUUAGAAAAAAAUAAAAAAAUUAAUUUUAGAACAAAAAUUGUCUCAACAACAACAUAACUUUGUAAAUAAAAUUAAUAAUAUUAAACAUAAAAAAAAAAUGUAAAAACUGUAAAAAAAAAUUUCAAACAUCAAAAAUUUAAUUAAGACUAUGAUCAAGCUAUGAAAAACCACCUUAGAAAUUGCUCAGGUUAUAUCUGAGUUCACUGAGAAAAAUUAGAAAAUUCAAAAAAAUAUUAAUGGUGAGCUAGUUCCUAAUCUUAAUUAAUAAUUAAUUUUUUUAAAAACAUUUUUUCGUAAAAAAAAAUUGCCAUAUGAUGUUUAAUUUAUAUAAAAAGUUAUUUUUUUAAAUCUUUUUUUUUCUUUAAUCCUAGCGUGCAAUAUAGAAAUUUGUUCGUUUUUAUAUUAUACACCAAUUGAUGAUAGCUUAAUU